CUCAAGUUUUUACUAAAUGGCCGGAAUUGAUGUCAAGGAAGGUUUUAUCUGCUCGAUAUGCAUGCGGGACAUGAAGUCACUACCGCAACUGCAAGAUCACUUUGAUACGGUUCAUCGCGAGGAGAAGGCGGUUUUUCAGCAAAUUCGCGGAUUUUUUGGUCGAGCGAAACGUAAAUUGAUGGGUGAGACGUUGGCUGCUCAGGUGGAGGCGGCAGAUGCUGGUCGUAUGCGUACGGGAAGUGCGUUGUCAUUGGGCAGUGAAGGUGGAAUUCAUGAAAUGUGGGAUCCGCAGGAAAUGGGUUUUUGUCGCAGCCACUGGGAAUUAUUCAAGACAACAAGAGACAGAGGUGUUAAUCAACUAGCAAUAGAAACAAACAAGAUUCUAAUACGUUUAGAGAGGUUUGUGAAAGAGCGCAAAUCUCGAUCCAAGAAAGAUCAUGAGAUUGUUGAGUGGAUGCCGGACUCGGAAGCAAAGGUUUGCUGGGAGUGCCACAAGGCGUUUGGAAUGGGAAGACGACGGCAUCAUUGUCGUCUCUCCGGUGAAGUAAUCUGUGCUAAAUGUUCGGAGUUCUUUCCAUUGCAUAUGGCCGUGCAAGUAUUGCAGUCGAGUGACAGAGAACGGAAGCUUUCUCCUGCGAUCGAUAAGGACGACGAUGUUGAAAUCCGAGUUUCACAUUCGUGUCAUCAGAUGCUUCGAAGGAAGCAAAGAGAGAGUAAAGAACAAGAGUCAAAGCCGAUACUCGUACAGUUGUAUGAUAGAAUGAAGAUGUCUAUGGAUCAAGCUGAUGAUAUAUUGCCUCGAUAUCGAUCGUUGGCUAAUGCUUUAAACGCUGGUGAUGAGACGUCCAGUCUUGACAUAGCACAAGAUUUGAGAGGGCGUCUGAUCAAGCUCCAUGAAACGAUAGAUCUCAUUAGCAAGAGAAUCAUGGCCAUCGGUGCACAAUCAGAAAACCCUCCCAGUCCCCGGCAGAUAAAACUACAAAAGUCGAUUCGUCAGUUUGCAACCGGAUACUUGCAAGCCAACAUGAUCGCGAUGGUGCCGCUACCUACUCCAAAGCAGCUGCAAGAAUUACAAGAGGAGAAGAAGCGUAUCCAAGCGGAGCGCACAAGGAGAGAAAGAGAGGAAGAACAGAGAGCAGCCGAGCGAGUGAAACAGGCACAAUUACAGCAAAAACGAGAGCAACACGUCAAGUUGUCUGACAUACAACGAAACUCGAGCGACACACAUGUGCACCACAACAAUACCAACCAACAAAAAUCGAGAGCCCUGUCAGGGUCAGGAUGGCAGCCGACAAUUAAUCCCAACUUGGACGCUCAAUUAGCAACAAAAGAUCCGUUGGAAAUCCAGAGGGACAUGCUGAUUAGCUACAUAGAACAGGCUAAAGCGGCAGGACGAAGCGACGAGCUUGCUGCUCUUCGAGAGGCUUUGGAUGACAUUGAGUAUCAAUUAGCUGGCAAGAUGUAUUAGUAAAUGUUAGAACUAGGUUAGCCAUCUGAUUGAUAUCUAUUUGUAUUUACUACUGUUAAUAUGUAAUACGAGGUUUUGUAAAAAUGCUGUGGU